GGGAUAAAAAAUGAGAGCACCACUGAUCGUGUCCCCGCAGUUGAUCUCCUUGAUGCGGGGAUAGGAUUUGUUUAAAGAACGGUAUUUGCCUAUCCUUGACCAGCUAUCAAGGCGAGCAAGAAAGACGAAAACCAAUUACUACUGAUAGUCGCGUCGAAAUCACGAAAUAACCAUGACUCGUCUUCCACUCCCAGUACCAGCCCCAAUUGAUCCCUCAUACCAACCCACAGCAUCCAUAGAGAAAGUCCCUUCCACUACACCGAUUGAAUAUAUUCUCGCAAUCCUAGAGCGUGAUGGCGGAGUAAUCCUCACAGAUCUUGUUUCGAAGGACGAGCUAUCUGCGAUCGAAGAGGACCUUAAACCCUGGAACCAAAAGCACCGUCGGCAUCUCGACCCGACCGUCGACGGCGAUGCAUUUACCACGAUUCCUCCGCAGACAACACUUAUCCCAGGGCUAGUGGGGAAAUCUAAAACGGUCGCGCAAAUCUGUGAACACCCAGUACUUGAGGAACUGCGACAGCGAAUCCUUCGCGAUGACUUUGUUUUAUAUCGCGAGGGCAACGCCGAGCCCAAUACGCUGGAUCCAUUGCUUAGUCUGAGCGUAUCGAUGAACAUCGGCUAUGGAGCCCCGAGGCAACUUCUGCACCGUGACGAUAAUGUUCACAAUAUCCACCACACGCGGAAUCCAUUUGUGCCAUGGAGCUUCAAGCAGGCGAGCCAGUUUGGGUGUUUAAUUGCCGGGUGUGAGGUGACGAGGGAAAACGGGGGAACAAUGUUCGUUCCGGGAAGCCAUAAAUGGGAUGAUGACCGGUGGGCUCGCGCCGAUGAGGUUUGCUUUGCAGAAAUGUCGCCCGGCUCGGCUUUGAUCUUCCUUGCUUCAGCCUUCCAUGGCGGUGGGCAUAAUUCUGUACCCGAUUCUAUCCGAACGAUGCACAGCUUAUUCUUUAUCCGUGGCCAUCUCCGAACCGAGGAGAAUCAAUUUCUCGCUAUCCCACGAAGUAAAGUCCGUGAAAUGAGUCCCAAAAUGCUGGAACUACUGGGUUACAAGAAGCCGACCACGGCACUGGGCAUAGUAGAUAACAUGAGCCCGGACGAGGAUGUGGAUGGCAUCUGGGAAAGAGCAGUACAAUAGUAGUCCAUUGGUUCGGUUUAUGCACACAGACCCUUGAUGGAGCGUGCAUUUACCUUUUAAUAGUGUGUUUAUGCUAGUCUCUGCAGUUGUAAGUCAUGGAAUCAUUUAGAAAAUUAAGUUGUUAUUGCGCCGUCAUUCCAAGCGCGCUUCAUGUCUAUAUACAAGCAGCAUGUGGUACCUUCCCGAAAUAACCUAUUG